AAAAAUAAAUAAAGAACACACUCCUGGACCUGGUCUAGUUUAGCCCGAGCUGCUGUAGAAGAAGUGAAGCACCCGCUUAAACCCUAAACCCUUAAACCCCAAAUCAAAAAUCAAAUCAUUUAAAUGGCGUCAGUAGCUCUUAGAAAGAACCACCAUCUUUUCUCUCUGCCUUACAUUCUCAAAUGGAGAUUUCGCAACAUCCACGCCUCCACUCUCGCCACUUCACAGUCGCCUUCUCCGGCCGAAUUAGAGUUUCCGGUGGCCGGGACCAAGUUUCUUGAAACUUUCACCGAAGAGCUCGAGAUUGGCUCAAGAAAGAUUGUCUUGGAAACUGGUAAAAUUGCUCGCUUUGCUAAUGGCGCCGUGGUUAUUGGAAUGGACGAGACCAAGGUUUUGUCUGCUGUCACGUCCGCCAAAGGCGAUUCCGUUAAAGACUUUCUACCUCUCACCGUUGAUUAUCAAGAAAAACAGUUUGCUCAAGGUGUAAUUCCAAAUACAUUUAUGCGUAGGGAGGGUGCUCCUAAAGAACGUGAAUUAUUAUGUGGCCGUCUUAUUGACCGGCCCAUACGACCACUUUUCCCUGCUGGAUUUUUCCACGAGGUUCAGGUAUCAGCCAACGUUCUCUCGUCUGAUGGCAAACAAGAUCCUGAUGUGAUGGCAGCCAAUGCCACGUCAGCUGCUCUUAUGCUUUCAGAUAUUCCUUGGAAUGGUCCCAUUGGUAUGAUUCGAAUGGGGAGGAUUUCCGGGAAUUUAGUCGUGAAUCCAAGCAUGGAUGAGCUUACUAUAAGUGAUCUCAACUUGGUAUACGCCUGCACCAAAGACAAAGCUUUGAUGAUAGAUGUGCAAGCUCGAGAGAUUACGGAAAGAGAUCUAGAAGCUGCACUGAAGCUUGCUCACGUUGAGGCAGUUAAAUAUAUCGACCCUCAAGUCCGACUGGCAGGGAAAGCUGGUAAAGGAAAGAAGGAAUAUAAGUUAUCUAUGGUAUCAAAAGAAACAUAUGAAAAAAUUAGGAAUCUGGCUGAAGAACCAAUCAAAACUAUUUUUACAGAUCCUGCAUAUGGAAAGUUUGAACGAGGUGAGGCCUUAGAAAAUAUUACUCAAGAUAUCAGAAAAGCUCUAGAAGAAGAUUGUGAUGAAGAAAGUUUGAAAGUAUUACCCAAGACAGUUGAUAAAGUCAGGAAAGAGGUUAUUCGCAAAAGAAUUAUUGAUGAGGGGUUUAGACUGGAUGGAAGGCGCCUCGAUGAAGUCAGGCCUUUGUAUUGUGAAGCUGGUAAUUUACCUGUAUUACAUGGAUCAUCACUCUUCUCUCGCGGUGAUACUCAGGUUCUUUGUACUGUUACCCUAGGAGCACCUGGAGAUGCGCAACGUUUGGAAUCCCUUGUUGGCCCAUCUACCAAGCGGUUUAUGCUUCAUUAUAGUUUUCCCCCAUUCUGUAUCAAUGAAGUUGGUAAACGAGGUGGUUUAAAUAGACGUGAGGUUGGACAUGGCACUCUGGCCGAGAAGGCUCUGCUUGCUGUGUUACCUCCUGAAGAUGAUUUUCCAUAUGCUGUUCGUAUCAAUUCGGAGGUCAUGGCUUCUGAUGGUUCUACAUCAAUGGCAUCUGUGUGUGGAGGUAGUAUGGCUUUAAUGGAUGCCGGAAUUCCGUUACGAGAACAUGUAGCAGGGAUCUCAGUGGGCCUUGUUACCGACGUUGAUCCAUCUACUGGGAGUAUAAUCGAUUACCGUAUACUAACAGAUAUUCUGGGAUUGGAAGAUCAUCUUGGGGAUAUGGACUUCAAGGUUUCAGGAACACGCCAUGGAAUAACAUCAAUUCAGUUGGAUAUAAAGCCAGCUGGAAUUCCUCUCGAUAUAAUUUGUGAGAGUUUGGAACCAGCACGUAAAGGUCGACUACAGAUUCUCGAUCAUAUGGAGCGAGAAAUAAAUGCACCUCGUUCUCAGGAUGACAGGAACUCUCCUCGAUUAGUUAUCCUAAAGUAUAACAAUGAUGCUAUCAGGCGCUUGAUUGGUCCGCUUGGUGUCUUAAAAAGAAAAAUCGAAGAAGAAACAGGUACACGGAUGUCAGUGAGCGAUGGAACAAUUACAAUGGUUGCAAAAAAUCAGUCUGCAAUGGAAAAAGUGCAAGAGAAGAUUGACUUCAUAGUUGGCCGUGAGAUUGAAAUCGGAGGGACUUACAAGGGAAUCGUAACUUCGAUAAAGGAAUAUGGUGCUUUUGUGGAGUUCAAUGGGGGGCAACAAGGCCUCUUACACAUUUCCGAGUUAUCGCAUGAUCCGGUAUCCAAGAUCUCAGAUGUGUUAUCCAUCGGGCAGCAAGUAACUUUAAGGUGCAUAGGCCAAGAUGUUCGUGGCAAUAUAAAGUUAUCUUUAAAAGCCACUCAACCUCAACCUCGAAGGACAAGUAAUAUGACCGUGGACUUUGUUUCUUCGACAAUGGAAACACCUAAAAUUUGGCCACCGGUUAAUGAUGUUGCUAAUGAACAGGAUAAACAAGAAUCAGCAAUGGAGGAUAUGUCGUUGGACAAAAACGAAAGUAGUGAUGUUACCUCUUCCUCAUCAUCGGAAAUUCUAAUCCGUAGCGCUGCCGAGUGCGAUGAGGUGGAAAAAUCUGCUGUUUUAGUUAAGAAUUCCAACAGCAGGCCCAAGACCUCGAGUAAUAAAAGAUCUGAUAAAAAGUCAAAAGUAGUCGCACCACAAAAGAAUGACCGUGAUUCUCCAAUCUCUGCCUUUGAUCUAUUUUCAUCGAAAAAUUCAAGUGAGUUAAAGACAGAUUUCAAAUCCAGCUUCAGAGGUAAUGGUAUGGACGAUGGUAACACCUCUGCAAAUCAUAAAUCCUCAGCAGAGGCUCCCAUCAACGCAAAAAAUCUGAAGCUGGGAAACGAGGUUUUAGCCAAGGUUUAUCAAAUACGGGCACAUGGAUUGGUCUUGGACUUGGGCGGUGGACUUCGUGGAAUGUAUAAAUUUGAGGUGGGUGGGAGAAAGGAUUUUGAAGUUGGCGAAGAGGUCCAAGUAAAAUGCUGUAGCUUUUCUAGCAAGGGGAUCCCUGUAAUGUCUAUGUUGGAAACUGAUUAGUGUUAUAAUUUCCAUGCAAAGCAGUACCGUGGAUAGACUUGCGGAGAACAUAUACGGAAUUACGGAUACACCCAUUGAGAAUAUAGGUUUUUGUAUAUCAAAAAAUGGUGUAGAGAGAAUAUUGAAGGAACGUUCUUGUAUGAUUUUGAAGGCACGACAAAAUUUUGCACGAUUCCCACCCUGUAUCUGAGAAAUCUCCAAUUUAUAGAUUCGUUUUUGUAGGUUGAGUCGUUCAGAUAAAGACAUCGUUUAGAUAGUUUCUGGACGAGUAAGUAAUUGUUUUGUAAGUUCAAAUAAUUUAGGACCCAUCCAGGUCUUGUAGUAGUGAAGAAUCUUAUGGCUGAUCCAGCUCUUUAUUUGUUUUCAGGGUUAACAAAUGAAAAAUGUGUUAUAUGAAAAAUCAAUAUAUUUAAUAAAAUAUUGUUUAUUAUUUGUUUUUGGUU